CACUUAUAUUUUUGGCCAGAAAUUAACCUAUCCGAGAAAGAAAAUAGCCGUUUUGCUAGUUUUCUAGUUUCCUUUCCUCGACGGAUUCCUCCUCGUCAUUUCCCAUUUCCAAAUUCCAAAUCCGAAGCAGAGCUCUGCGUACCUGACACGUCAUUUUCCACCACUUAACCCCCUUCAAACAAGUCAGGCGGCGACGACGACGGCGUCGUACCUCCAGAAUACUGACUCUCAACAGUCCUUAGAACUUCCGACCCCAAAUCUCCCCCCUCCCCCCCUUAUCAAAUCAGUAUAUAUACAUGUAUGUAUAUACAUACACACACUGCGACUGGCCAUGAAAAUUACCUUUGAUUUGAGUUUGAAGAAGCAGCUCUAGAGGGAGGCUAGAGAGGGCUUCGACGACGAUGGGUGUUGUGGCCGAACAUUCCGAUCGCCAAUCUAUCAGAGAUGUCAUCUGCCACGCCGGUGCUGGCGCCUCCGCUGGGGCUAUGGCGGCUACAUUUGUAUGCCCCUUAGAUGUCAUCAAGACUAGGCUGCAGGUCCAUGGCAUGCCUUCUGGUCAAAGAGGUAGUAUCAUUGUCACGAGCCUACAAAAAAUAUUAAAGACAGAAGGUGUGAAGGGGAUGUACCGGGGCCUUUCACCUACAAUUCUAGCGCUACUUCCAAACUGGGCAGUGUACUUCACAGUUUAUGAGCAACUCAAAGGCCUACUCCACUCUCAUGUUCAUGGCAGCGGAGAACUCACAAUUGGUGAAAAUAUGAUUGCUGCUGCUGGUGCCGGGGCUGCCACAGCCAUUUCAACAAAUCCAUUGUGGGUUGUUAAGACCAGACUUCAAACACAAGGAAUGAGGCCUGGUGUGAUUCCUUACAAAAGCAUGAGAUCUGCUUUCUCAAGGAUUACAACUGAGGAAGGCUUGCGAGGUUUAUAUAGUGGGAUCUUGCCUUCUUUGGCUGGAGUAAGUCAUGUUGCAAUUCAAUUUCCUGCUUAUGAAAAGAUAAAGUCUUUCAUGGCAAAAAGGGAUAAUACAACUGUUGAUAAGUUACACCCUAGUAGAGUUGCCUUUGCCUCAUCGGUAUCAAAAGUAAUCGCUUCUGUAAUAACAUACCCUCACGAGGUUGUGCGCUCGAGGCUGCAAGAGCAAGGGCAGGCCAGACACAUUGGAACCCAGUAUGCAGGAGUAAUUGACUGCAUAAAGAAGGUGUUCCAAAAGGAAGGCCUUCGUGGAUUCUAUAAUGGUUGUGCUACUAAUCUAAUAAGAACCACUCCAUCUGCCGUUAUUACAUUUACCAGUUACGAGAUGAUAGAUAGGUUCUUGCGGAGGGUUGUACUUCUAGAAAACGAGCAUUCAGAAGGCCACCCUAACUCUGUCGGCCAAGCCGAACCUCACCAGGGAAAUGGAGGUACCGAGAGAGCGGGGAAUGACUCUGCGCUGCGGCAAUCACAAGCCCAAACAAAUCAGACUCCAAUCCCCCUUGGAACCAAAGAGCCGCUAGCGGCAAGACAUGGAAGGACUCCACCUUUUUUUUGAAUUUACCUUUUGAUCGUAAGAUUUUUUUCUGUAAUAAUUGAAUUAAAUAACAAAAUAGAUGAAAAAAGUCCCUUCGAAAUCAUCGAGCUCUUUGCAACUUUUCUUUUUCCCAAA